AUGUGUUACUUAAUUAAAUUCGCGCCAUCAGUAUUGGUGAGUGUCCUGUGCUUUGGUCUAAUCAUUGGCCACUCGUGUCACGACAUGCACGUGGGUCUGCUCACGGCUGGUCCGUGUUGGAUGUUCAGCGAUGUUAAAGCCAACAUUACCGGCGAAACUGAUGACUUCUUCUGGUCCUCACGGCUACUGAUUGGUCAGACAAUUGCCUCAUUGUUUCUCGUUUUAUACAUCGUAAUCAUAUCAAUCGGUUUUGUUCACCGAAAUCAUCUCAUUUGGCAGAGAAGUCCGCUGACCAACAAGUGGUGGAUAUUUAUAUCGAUCGGUUUGUUAAUUAGUCACGCGUUGCUCUGUUUGAUUGAAAUCAGUUUAUACGUGCGGUCGACACAAAUCGCCACCCAAUUCAUCGCUUCCAUUCCCGUCUACGUCUGGUGUCUGGGCUUUCUGUGGCCACUGCUUCUCCUCUCCAUCAAUACCUUUACUAAAAGACACGAAAUCAAAGUCUACGGCCGACAGCAGCGAAGGGCACGACUAGAGUUCGGUACAAAACUAGGAAUGAAUUCUCCCUUUUGA